GUCAGAUAUUGUCCAGCCAUGCACGGAGUUGGCAACACUACUUCAUGAAACUCGUAAUCACGUUGAGAGGUCCGACCUCAUAUGUAAAGAAAAUGAAUGUUUCAAGUGUUAUUCGACCAUUGAGAACUUCAGGGAUCCAUGGGAUCUCAGCUCAAGUUUCUACCGGUAUCAAAAGGCUAGCUGCCGAACGCGUAAAUUGUACCACACAGCUGACUGCUCAAAGUCGUUCGAGCUCGACGUUGCAUUCGCAAUCAUGGCAAUGCACACCCCACCGUACCCCGCCAUGCCCACGUGUAUUUUGCAAGGCAUCAUGGACACUGCAAGCGAAACAGGAUGCACUGUGUUUAACAUCCGAACCAAGAUUCCUUAGGUUUUCAUUUGCUUCAUGUAUUCGUCAGUUAUCAUCAAAUUCAUCAAAUAUUGGCAAAGAUUGUGAAGUUGCUGACCAUGAGGAGGAAGUUGAAUGGAAUCAUCCUGCGAGCCGAACUCAAGAUGCACUGUCUCGAGACCCCGAGCUGCGCUCAAUCCUCUGUGAAAUUGCCUCAGACUUUGGAAAAUCCCACAUAACACCAACUGAUUCUGAGACGACAGGAACUCAUGAGCGUGAGGCGUCAAAAGUUGAAAGCAACAAUGAGGGUUCUGUUGCAAGAGACUUUAAAGAAGGUUUUGUUGCCAUGACAACUGAGUAUGAGGAUGAAGCAGAAUCGAUGGAUGUGGUGGAAGUAUCUCCUGCGAAAGCAUCGAGGAAUGCCAGUGAUUCAUCCUUUGUCUUCAGCAUCGAUGACAUCGUCGAGAUCUUACGAGAGGAAAAUGCGCAAGACAUCUGCGUCAUUGCAGUGCCGCCGGAAAAAAACUAUGUGGACUAUUUCAUUGUGGUGACAGGGAGAUCGACGCGGCAUCUCAGCGCGAUGACUCAGUUUGUUAAUAAAUUGUACAAACAGAGGAAAGGCAAGGAUGAUCCUUUCUUGAUCGUUGAGGGAAAAUUUGCAGAAGACUGGAUGUGCCUUGACUUCGGCAACAUUGUGGUUCAUUUCAUGCUGGAGGAAACCAGAGCUGUGCACAAUCUGGAGGAGCUGUGGACCAUGGGCAAGGAGUUUGACAGUCACAUACAGCAGUGGGAUCAACACGAGGUGCUUCUGUUCAAUCCAGAGACCGACCUUCAUACAGCCUCACAAGAACAGGAAGAGACUCCAGAGAAGUGAGAUCCCUAUGUAGUCGAGUCGGGUCCAUCACAAGUCCAUCUCAAGUCCAGCAGUCACAAGUAAAUCUUAAGUCCAGUCACAAGUAACAGUGGAUGAACAAUAACAAAG